AUGUGGAGAUCGGCAUCGAUGUUUGGUCCUCGCGUUCAUCGUCUUCUCGCCUUAAUCUUGCUUUUCGUCCUGUUGUUGGGAGAUAGGGCAAAUGGAAGCCGUAAGAGCGGGAAAACAUCAUCCGUGUUUUCUUUGUUUAACCUCAAGGAGAAAAGUCGGUUCUGGAGUGAGUCAGUUAUACGAAGUGGCUUUGAUGAUUUGGAAUCGUCUACACCGGACAAACACGAUGCCAUCAACUACACAAAGGCAGGAAAUAUUGCAAGUUAUUUGAACCUUUUGGAAGUUGAAUCUAUGUACCUUCCAGUGCCUGUAAACUUUAUUUUCAUUGGUUUUGAAGGGAGUGGGAACAGAGAAUUUAAGCUCAAUGCUGAAGAAAUAGAGCGCUGGUUCACAAAGAUUGAUCACAUAUUUGAACAUACGAGAACUCCAAAAAUUGGUGAAAGUCUUGCACCAUUCUACAAGAUUAGCGUUGAUCGAGAACAACGUCACCAUCUUCCAGUGAUUAGUCACAUAAAUUACAACUUUUCUGUUCAUGCUGUCCAAAUGGGCGAAAAAGUCACAUCCAUAUUUGAGCGUGCUAUUAAUGUCUUUGGCCGCUGGGAUGAUGUAUCCCACUCCAGGGAUGAUGGAGUAGGUCUCUGGCAAGUUGAUGUUGAUAUGAUGGGUGUUCUCUUCACCAGCCUUGUGGAGUUCCUACAAUUGGAAGAUACUUAUAAUAUCUUUAUUUUGAACCCAAAGAAUGCCACAAAAAGAGCCAAAUAUGGCUAUCGGAGAGGCUUAUCGGAGACCGAGAUAAACUUUCUCAAGGAGAAUAAGUCCUUGCAAGCUAGAAUUCUUCAGUCUGGAAAAAUUCCGGAUACUGUUCUUGCUCUGGAUAAAAUCAAAAGACCAUUAUAUGCGAAGCAUCCAAUGUCAAAAUUUACCUGGACUAUUGCAGAGGAGACUGACACGAUAGAGUGGCAUAAUAAUUGCCAAGAGGCACUGAACAAUGUUGAAAAACUAUAUCAUGGAAAAGACACUGCUGAUAUUGUACAGAGCAAAGUUUUGCAGUUUCUGAAUGGGAAAAAUGACGAUUUGAAGCUUUUUUCUGAGAAAGAUUUGAAGUCUGGAGACUUUAGCGGGUUUCAUACUGAUUGUCUCACAGACGCAUUUAUUGGGAACCAAAGGUGGGCAUUUAUCGACUUGACUGCAGGCCCUUUCUCAUGGGGACCUUCAGUAGGUGGAGAAGGUGUACGUACAGAACAAAGCCUACCAAAUGUGGAUAAAACAAUAGGAGCAGUUACAGAAAUUUCAGAAGAUGAAGCAGAAGAUCGCUUGCAGGAGGCGAUUCAGGAGAAGUUUGCAGUGUUCGGUGAAAACGAUCAUAAUCCUGUUGAUAUCCUUCUAGCUGAAAUAGACAUAUAUGAGCUCUUUGCAUUCAAACAUUGUAAGGGGAGGAAGGUCAAGCUUGCACUUUGUGAAGAGCUUGAUGAGCGCAUGCAGGAUUUGAAAAAGGAAUUACAGUCUGUCGAGGGCGAGGAGUACGAAGAAAGUCAUAAGCAAAAAGCAAUAGAUGCAUUAAAGCGCAUGGAGAACUGGAACUUGUUCAGUGACACCCAUGAGGAUUUCCAAAAUUACACUGUUGCACGAGAUACUUUCCUUUCUCAUCUUGGGGCAACACUUUGGGGUUCAUUGAGACACAUCAUUUCUCCUUCCCUUGCUGAUGGUGCAUUCCACUACUAUGACAAAAUCUCCUUUGAAUUGUUUUUCAUCACGCAAGAGAAAGCUAGACAUAUUAAGCAGUUACCACUUGAUUUGAAAAGUCUCAUGGAGGGACUUUCCUCUCUGGUGUUACCGUCACAGAAAGUCCAGUUUAGUCAACACAUGUUACCGCUGUCUGAGGAUCCAGCUUUGGCUAUGGCAUUUUCGGUGGCCAGGAGAGCAGCUGCAGUACCUUUGUUACUUGUGAAUGGAACAUACAGAAGAACUGUUCGUUCAUAUCUUGAUUCCUCUAUUCUUCAGCAUCAGUUGCAGAGGCUACAUGAUCAUGCUUCUUUGAAAGGCUCACACGCACAUAGCAGAUCUACACUGGAAAUCCCCAUAUUCUGGUUCAUUCAUGGUGAAGCUUUGUUAGUCGACAAGCAUUAUCAGGCAAAAUCACUCUCUGAUAUGGUUGUUGUUGUUCAGUCAGAGCCAACGUCCUGGGAAAGCCAUCUGCAAUGCAAUGGGCAGUCACUUUUGUGGGACUUGAGGAGGCCCAUAAAAGCUGCUCUUGCUGCUGUCUCCGAACAUAUAGCUGGCUUGCUUCCUCUUCAUCUUGUUUACAGUCAAGCCCAUGAAACAGCCAUUGAGGAUUGGAUAUGGUCAGUGGGGUGUAACCCAUUGUCUGUAACUUCUCAAGGCUGGCAUAUGUCCAAGUUCCAAACAGACACCAUAGCUAGGAGUUACAUACUCACGACUCUUGAGGAGUCGGUACAAGUCGUCAAUUCUGCAAUUCAUCUUCUUGUCAUGGAGCAAACAUCGGAGCAGACUUUCAAGCUCUUCCAGUCUCAUGAGCGUGAGCUAAAGAACAAGUACAACUAUGUCGUUAGUCUCUGGAGAAGAAUUUCAACUGUUUCUGGGGAACUACGCUAUGCCGAUGCCUUAAGACUGCUGAACACCCUAGAGGACGCUACAAAGGGAUUUUCCGAUUAUGUGAAUACAACUGUGGCGAACCUACAUCCAAUUCACUGCACUAGACAGAGGAAAGUGGAGGUCGAGUAUGACAUGACCACAAUUCCUGCCUUUUUGGUUGUUAUACUUGUGCUGUGGUUUGUACUAAAGCCGAGAAGACCAAAGCCGAAAAUCAACUAA